UUUUGAUUUGGAAAAGUGGCAGGGCCAAGAAGCUUUCUGAUGCUGGGCCAAAGUAGACAUGGUGUGAAUUGCAUGUUUCUAAAAGUGUAACUUGGAGCUCUAAAGGGGACUCAUACAGCAGUGGAAUCUAGGGUGGGGUGGAAUAAAGUGUGCUUUAAUUAACUGUUUUCCCUACUAAAGAUCUCCAUGAAAAUCAUCUUCAAAACUGCCUUUUGUAUUUCAGGGUUGUGGGUCAACAGAACAUUCUUGUUUCAAUAAGCUCAUUUUCAGCAAAAUGGGGAAAAAAGGUGAAAUUCAUCCACUGUUUUUAUUUCUAAAAACUGCAUACAUGAACACGAUGGUUAGUUUGGCCCUAAGAAACCACAUAGCAUAUUUCAGAUGGAAAUACAAGAAUUAAAAAAAUAAUAUUGGAGAAUAUGAAUAUAAAAAAGAAACACCCCAAAGCAGAAAACCCAGCUUAUUCAAGCAGUCAAAACAAUGACCAUGCCUUUUAUAUCAGUUUGAUGGCAACAGUAUGAUGUUACCAAGAUGUUAUUUUUCAGGCAACUAAAUUCUUCUUGAAAUUCAACAUUCAAAUUUGGUUUGCUUUUGUGGAAUUUUGCAGUGAUUCCAUCCUUUACUUAAGUAAUCUUUUGAGGACUGCUUUUCUUGUAUGAAGCCAGUAACAUGCUUUUUCUUCCCUGUUGCUAUAGGCCACCUGUGUAUUUUCUUUUUUUAAAAUCAAAGUGCUUUGAAGAGUGGGGGAAAGACCUGAAAGGAAUGAGACUGCUAGUUGUCUGCCUUCUGGGCUUGCUGCUGGCCUUUAUACCUGGGACUAAAUGCCGAAUCCUUGAGCGAUUCAUGGAGAUCAGGAACCCUGAGAUUGACCCUUCCUGGUACACGGGGCGAGGAAUCCGACCUGUGGGGCGGUUUGGCAGGAGAAGAGCAGCUGGAGAAAGUGUCCAGAAAUCUGGCUACAGGCACCUGCAAGCUUGCUUCCCCAUAGAAGAAAGCAGUGAAUCUCUGCAAGACGAAUGAAACUACAUAAAUAAAUGUUUUAAUACAAUGGUGGCCAAAAAAA